UAGCCUGAGGGUGAGAGGGAAGAGGUCAGAGAAAAUUCUCGCUGGGUAAGUGGGGGUUCUCUCAGCGAUGAGAAAGGGAAGACUCAAAAACCCGGGGGAAGAGCAGCCUUCGCCGGCCCUCACGUCUCCCGUCCCCCCUUCCCCACACGCGUGACCUCCUUUGGAGACCCUCAGGUGGCACCUCCGUGUCCGAUCUGCGCCUCUCCGGCACGCCGCGGGCGUUUGGGCUCGGCGGGGCCCCGGCCACACAGCGCCGAGCGGCUGAACCGGCAGCUUUGGAAGGACCAUCCCCGCGCUCGCUCGCCCCCUUCGCGGGCUGCCACCAUGCUCGGCCGCCCGCGGCUGGCGCUGCUCUGCGCGCUGCCCUGGCUCCUGCGGGCGGCGGCCCCCGGCCACCAGGCAGAGCCGCCCCGCGAUCCGCGCGACCCCGCCAGGGGCGCCGAUUUCGACCGCGUCUACAGCGGGGUGGUGAGCCUCAGCACCGAGGACAUCUACGCCUUCAACCACACCAGCCUCCCCGGCCAGGUGACAGCUGUGAGGGUACACGUGAACAGUUCCUCCGAGAACCUGGACUACCCCGUCCUGGUUGUGGUUCGCCAGCAGAAAGAAGUGUUGUCCUGGCAAGUUCCUCUGCCCUUCCAAGGACUAUACCAAAGGAGCUACAACUACCAGGAAGUCAGCCGCACUCUGUGUCCUUCAAAAGCAACCAAUGAGACUGGCCCUUUGGAGCAGCUGAUCUUCGUAGAUGUAGCAUCCAUGGCUCCCCACGGGGCUCACUAUACGUUGCUGGUCACCAAAGUCAAGCACUUCCAGCUCCGGACAAAUGUCGCCUUUUACUUCACUGCCAGCCCCUCUCAACCUCAGUUUUUUCUAUACAAAUUUCCUAAAGACGUGGACUCCGUCAUCAUCAAAGUGGUGUCUGAGAAGGCUUAUCCGUGUUCAGUCAUCUCUGUUCAGAACAUCAUGUGUCCAGUGUAUGAUCUGGACGACAAUGUGGAAUUCAACGGUGUCUAUCAGUCCAUGACCAAGAAAGCUGCCAUCACACUACAGAAGAAGGAUUUUCCAGACGAGCAGUUCUUCGUGGUGUUUGUGAUAAAACCUGAAGAUUACGCAUGUGGGGGAUCAUUCUCCAUCCAGGAAAAUGAAAACCAGACCUGGAAUCUACAGCGAUCAAAGAACCUGAAAGUGACCAUUGUCCCCUCCAUCAAAGGAUCUGUAUAUGUGAACUCCAGUGUUUUCAGCGUAUUCAUUUUCUUCUUCUUCUACGUGGUAUACUUUGUUGUUGUGUGUGUCCAUCACGUGAGGUGUCAGAGGAAAUCCACUGAUGGCGGCUUUGGUUCCAGUGAUGGCUCUGGAAAUACGGCUGUCUCACAUCCUAUCUCGGCCAGCACGCCUGAAGGGAGCAAUUAUGGGGCAAUAGAUGAGUCGAGUUCCAGCCCUGGAAGGCAGAUGUCUUCCUCUGAUGGUGGGCAGCCAUGCCACUCAGACACAGACAGUUCUGUGGAGGAGACUGACUUCGACACCAUGCCAGAUAUUGAUAGUGACAAAAACAUCAUUAGGACCAAGAUGUUCCUGUACCUGUCAGAUCUGUCCAGGAAGGACCGGAGAAUCGUCAGCAAAAAGUAUAAGAUUUAUUUUUGGAACAUCAUCACCAUCGCCGUGUUUUAUGCGUUGCCUGUCAUGCAGCUUGUCAUCACCUACCAGACAGUGGUACACAUCACUGGCAACCAGGACAUCUGUUACUACAACUUCCUCUGUGCUCACCCCUUGGGUGUCCUGAGCGCCUUCAAUAACAUUCUCAGCAACCUGGGACACAUUCUCCUGGGCCUCCUCUUCUUGCUGAUAGUGUUGCGCCGGGACAUUCUCCACCGAAGAGCCCUGCAAGCUAAAGACAUCUUCGCGAUGGAGUAUGGGAUUCCCAAACACUUCGGUCUCUUCUAUGCUAUGGGGAUCGCACUAAUGACGGAAGGCGUGCUCAGUGCCUGUUACCAUGUCUGCCCUAAUUACUCCAACUUCCAGUUCGACACUUCCUUCAUGUACAUGAUUGCCGGCCUCUGCAUGCUGAAGCUCUACCAGACCCGCCACCCGGACAUCAAUGCCAGCGCCUACUCUGCCUAUGCCUCCUUUGCUGUUGUCAUCACACUCACGGUCCUCGGAGUGGUGUUUGGAAAAAAUGAUGUGUGGUUCUGGGUCAUCUUCUCUGCAAUCCAUGUUCUUGCUUCUCUGGCCCUCAGUACCCAAAUCUACUACAUGGGUCGUUUCAAGAUAGAUGUAUCUGACACAGAUCUGGGAAUCUUCCGGCGGGCCGCUAUGGUGCUCUACACGGACUGUAUCCAGCAGUGCAGCAGACCUCUGUAUAUGGACAGAAUGGUGUUGCUCAUUGUGGGAAAUCUGGUUAACUGGUCCAUCGCCUUCUUAGGCUUGAUCUACCGGCCGAGAGACUUUGCGUCCUACAUGCUGGGCAUCUUCAUCUGCAAUCUGCUGCUCUACCUGGCUUUCUACAUCAUCAUGAAGGUUCGCAGCUCUGAGAAGAUUCUCCUGCUACCUCGCUUCUGCAGCUUGGCCACUGCAUUGUUGUGGGCCGCAGCCCUGUACUUUUUCUUCCAGAACCUCAGCAGCUGGGAGGGAACCCCAGCCGAAUCCCGGGAGAAGAACAGAGAAUGUAUCCUGUUCAACUUCUUCGAUGACCACGACAUCUGGCACUUCCUGUCUGCCAUUGCCCUGUUUUUCUCAUUCCUGGUGUUGUUGACGCUGGAUGACGACCUAGAUGUGGUUCGCAGAGACCGGAUCCCCGUCUUCUGAGCCUCCCGAGUCUCGGGGGGAAGAGGGAAAGACCCACCUUGGUGCUGCUUCGUGGACACUAUGGUGACUGCAGCAGCGUGCCCACUGCCAGACACUCUACUUGCCUCAGUGGAGCCAACGGAGUCUGCGUUCACCCAGGAGAGCUUGGGGUGAGCUAAACCUCAAGAAGGAUGGCAGAGGGGAAGCCCUGACGUGCACAGAGACAAAGCCGGGAGGCUCAAGCACCUCUGUUUGCAACUCUUAAGACACAAGCUGCAGGAGGCCGGCUUCAUGGCCUGACCUCUCCCAGCUUCACUGAGGUUGGCCGGAGGAACCAGCCACUCCGUACCUCCCACCUAAAACCUCUGGUGUGGCAGCGCCCACACCUCUGAGACACCUGCCGCUAGAGAAGGCCAAAGCACCAUCUCGUUCUCCCCCAGGUCCUCAGAGGACGCGAUUCCGAUUCCUCAGAAUACGGUGCAGAAGUGGGAUCGAGUCCCCACCCAACCGGGACAGACAUUCUGGCAACUCAAGCUAAGCCACCUCCUCAGAAGGAAUACCGAACAAUCCUGCAGGUUCCUGGCACCACUGGAAAUGCCCGGGAUGAGAUUUUGACAUGCAUGCUUCUGAAUAGAUCCCCAUUGCUGGGCCCAAGGCCCCGGUGGUCACCUACUUCUUAGUGUCUUCAUCUCACCAUUGGAUGUUGACUUGGCACUCUGAUACCACCUUCUUGGAGAGUCCCUCUUUCUCCGUAGACUUCUAACAGCUCCAAGAUGGACAGGAAAGGGAGAGAACUCUACCUACUGCAGGAGAAGUGGCAGACAUCAGGCCGGCAGCCUCCACCUUAAGGACUCCGGAUCCUGGAGCAAAUUCAACAAAGCAACGGUGAUGGGACCCAGGCGCACAGCACAUUCUUUGCCUGUACAGCCUUUUCGAGGAAAGAAGUGUUCCCAGCAGCAUUACCCUGAGGGUCCUCCACAGCUGAGCCCCUCACCUGUCAGUUACGUAGAUCAGUGUUCCGGACUCCCUGCCUGAAGCUCUCAGCAGGGACUUGGGAUGGACAUGUGCCCCACACACCCUGAGUUGCAGAAACCAUAGAUAAUCCACUUACCUCUUAUUGCAUCUCACUUUCACUCUCCCCCGGUAAGUUGUAAAAAAGCUCAGUGCUCUAGUUUUUUUCUCUCACACCACCUAGAAAACCCUGUGCGAAGCCCCAUUUUGACCAGGCUUCCUGGUUGUGUGGGGUAUGAUGUUAUCAGAAAAUAGACAUACAAGUGCGCACACAUACCUAUUUGCUUGUGAAACUGAAGUCAGUCCUCACCCGUGCUUUUUUGAACAAUUAUUAAGAAGAUGGAUCAGGCAUUCCUCUUUUGAAAAUAUAUUUUUCUUUCUCUCAAAUAUCUGUGUAUUGUUCAAAUAUGUGCUUUAGGAGUUUGAAGAGCAAGCUUUUCCUGGUUUUAAAAAUGUAAAGAUAAUUUCCAUGAAUAA